AUCAUAGUAGCUCAGAAAAAAGUAUUCUUGCGUAUAAAAUUAAAAAAUCAAUGUUUUUUUUCAAAAUUUAAAACCUUAUUCAUAAUAAAUAGUGAAAAUAAAAAAAAACUAUUUCACAGUAUUCAUCCCUAAAUAUACUUUCAUACGCCCUAACAUAUACCAAUCAAAACAAAAAUAAACAAAUAAAAUACAACGAAAGCCGAUCGGCAAAACACACGAUACCGAUCUUGCUAAAAACUAGUCGCUUACGGGUCGUCAUGUUGUUUGCACACGGUCUACACCUGCUUUGUCUACGGUGGCUUUGAGACAGUGAAAUCGAUCCUGCACUGCAAGUUCCAUGUGUAGAUCUCUAAACGUUAUACAGUAACAAUAUAACACACGUAAACUCAGUGAUAGUGGACACUUGAUUAAAAAAUAUUCGGUACAACGUAAGAACGAUCAAACCAUAUUAAAGCAGUGACCUUUUUAAGUAAGUCGAUGACGGAUAUUUGUGUUGCUGUUUCAUUUUCGAAAGCAUUGGGUAAUGGUAUACGCUGAACGAGCACCACGUGCAUUAGGCUGCGAUACACAAGCAACAUUGGAAGAACACCUUCAACUAAGCUUUCUGAACGGUACAAAAGAGCAAGUGAUUUUUUUUCUUAUUAUAUAGACGUAGUGCAGAGUGUCAAGUGAUUGGAAAUGGAAUUUCGACCAACACUUCAGUUAUGUACCGUUCUACUGAUCGUACAAUAUCUAAAGAUGGCCAAUUCAUCAGGAUUCGGAAAGUGUCCGAACUAUCCAACAAUGCCUAAAUUCAAUAUGACAAGGUUUCUAGGUAAAUGGUAUGAAGUGGAAAGAUCGUUCUAUUUGCCAGAAAUAGCUUCCGGAUGCACAACGCUUACAUUUGAUGACACAACAAUCCGUGACUCUGAUGGCCGACCGCAGUUAGAAAUUGCAAUCAAAACAGUCAACCGAUGGACUGGAAAUCCAUCAGUCAGCAUUGGAGAAGCUAUUACAGAAAAUGAAAAGUCGUCAAUCAUGUCAGUGCAGUUAAAAUCUAGGCUACCAAGUGCUGUUGCUAGAUUUUUGCCAGGUUCUGGAAAAUACCAGGUAUUGUAUACCAAUUACGAUGAUUUUGCCAUAUUGUGGUCAUGUUCGAGCUUUGUAGCGGUGCAUGCUGAUCAAAUAUGGCUACUAGGACGAGAAAGAGAUUUUUCAGCGGAGAUCAGGAAAAAAAUCUACAGCGCCCUCAAACAAUUAAGCCUGGACCCGGAAAGACUAUUUAUUUCCAAAAACACUAAUUGUCCAAAUACGUUAUAAAGUAAGCAGUAAUAAAUGGUAUAAAACAGUUUA